AUGUCAUGUAUGUUAUCCGGUCCAUUUCAACCUCACAGUGAAGAGCGUAUGGACACACAAGCCGUCGAGAAGUCCAAAGCCGGACUGCAUGAAGACUACUUCGGGGCCCCUCCCAGGGCCAUAUUGGGUGUGAUCAGAUACAUCCAGGAUAUGCAUAGAGGCGUAGAGCGGUACCUGGAGCGGAAAGGGUUUAAUGAGUUCCGGCAGCAAGAGUUACGGAAUGCGCUUUUAGAUUAA